CUUGUUAUGGAAUUGUCCAGGUCCCCACCGGCCCCUGGUUCUGCCGGAAAUGUGAAUCCCAGGAAAGAGCCGCCCGAGUGAGGUGCGAGCUGUGUCCCCACAAGGAUGGAGCCCUGAAGCGCACGGACAAUGGGGGCUGGGCCCACGUGGUGUGUGCCCUAUACAUCCCCGAGGUGCAGUUUGCCAACGUGCUCACCAUGGAGCCCAUCGUGCUCCAGUACGUCCCCCACGACCGCUUCAACAAGACCUGCUACAUCUGCGAGGAGCAAGGGCGGGAGAGCAAGGCGGCCUCGGGGGCCUGCAUGGCCUGCAACCGUCACGGCUGCCGCCAGGCCUUCCAUGUCACCUGUGCACAGAUGGCCGGGCUCCUGUGCGAGGAGGAGGUGCUGGAGGUCGACAAUGUCAAAUACUGCGGCUACUGCAAAUACCACUUCAACAAAAUGAAGACCUCGCGCCAUUCCGGGACCAGCUCCUUUCUCCCGGGCAGGAGGAGCCGCUCAGCAUCCCCAGCACAGGAAAAGCACCUGUCCCACCACGAGCGGCCAAAAAAGAGCCGCAAGGACAAGGAGAGGCCGAAGCAGAAGCACAAAAAGCGGCCGGAUUCCCCAAACAGCCUCCCCCCAGCACCUGUGGCCAUGGCUGUUGAGAAGGGCUCCAGCAGCCACCACGAGGCCACCAAGGAGAGCUCAGAGGUGGCCAGGGCAGAGGCCAAGGGCAGGAAAUCCUCGAGCCACGGCAGCAGCCACAAGGGCAAGAAGAUGGGAAGUGGGAAAAGCUCCGCAGGCUUUGGAUCUGCCCCAGCUGGAGGAACCUUCCAGACGGCCGGCUCCUCCUGCAGCCUGCCCGGCUCCCAGGACUUCGCGCCCUUCCCCAAGCUGGAGCAGGAGGAUGAGAAGUUCCGCAAGGCCACCAGCUCCAGCUCCUCCUCGCAUUGCUCGCCACUCUCUGAGGGCCCCAAGGCCGACGUCUUCGAGCAGAAGGUCAUCUUCUCCGGCUUCGGCUCUAUCAUGCGCUUCUCCACCUCAGCCGUGGGCCAGCCCCGAGCCCGCGACGCCUCACCCGUGGACUACAAAGCCUCCAGCACCCUUGGUGGCCCCGCGGGUGGCACGGGUGGCACGGCUGGCGCCGCUGGGAGCGGCCACAAGCGGAUGCCGUCGCUGGGCUCCGAGGAGGGAGAGGUGCUCAAGGAGAAGAAGCACAAGGGCAGCAAGAAGAACAAGCAUGGCCCUGGCAGGCCCAAGGCGGGCAAAGGCAAAGAGGUUUUGGGGGCCCAGCUGGCUGGGUCCACCUCCACCUCCUCCUCUCCCUUCUCCGGGGGAUCCCUCGUCAGCUCUAGCAUCGGGAAUUCUUCCCGGAGCUUCAGCCACCCCGGGAGUCUGCCCAGCCUCAGCAUGGAGUCGCCACUGCUGGGCUCAGGGAUCUACACAAGCAACAAGGACCCGAUCCCGCUGGGCGCGGCGCUGCGGGCGGUGUGCAGCACGCCGCUGCCCUCGGGGCUGCUCCCGCACCAGGGCGGCGCCGCCCUGCCCCAGCUCAGCCGGUCGCCCUUCGCCAGCUCCAUCCCCGCCUCCUCCUCCGCCGGAUCCACCACACAGCGUGGCGAGCCUGAGCCCCCUGACGGAGCAGCAGCGGCAGGUCCUGCAGCAGCACGAGCAGCAGCUGCAGCAGCUGCAGCAGCUCCUGACUUCCCAGCCGCUUAACCCGGAGCAGCAGGCGCUCGUGUUCCAGAUGAUGCAGCAGAUCCAGCAGAAGCGGGAGCUGCAGCGGCUGCAGAUGUCGGGCUCGUCCCAGCUGUCNUGUCCCAGGUUUGGGGAGUCCUGGGGAUUGGGGGGUCCAAGGUUUGGGGUGUCCACGAUUUGA